AUGGCUGAACCGUGGGAGAUGCGGCAUCGCAAGACGCUUCUGCGCGGUGUUGUGUCGAUCUGCUACGACGGGUUGCAGGGCGCGGGCCUUGGCAUUGGAGUCCUGAUAUUGCCGGGAGCCUGUAUCAGGGGCGUCAGCAACGCCGUGGCUGAGUUCCCAACGCAGCCGAUGCCGCUCACUGUGGAGCGGAGUCCUUCGUACCGCAUACGCCAGCCGGGCGCGCAGCCAGAGCGGAGCGGAGCCUGGGAACGCCUCCAGCAUGCACGCAUCCAUUUGCACGAAUUGCACGCAUUCCUGCCGCCACUCCGCUCCUGCGGCCCUGGCGCCGUGGACCUCGGUGAUGCCGCGCAGGAUGGAGGCAGCGGUCGAUGGCCAGAUCCUGCGUGGGCUUACGGUGCUCUGGUGGGGACAUACGGUGGUGAACAGCGAGGGCUCGGUUGGAGGUGCUGA